AUGGAGGCGAUUCUCGAUUUCAACAAGGAGCUCGAUGUCGGGCUCCUGGACAAUAUCGUGCAAGCGAUGUUUGCAGGCUCCGGUGCCGACCAGCGUUUGGCCCAGCAGACACUCGCUCAAUUCCAAGAACACCCAGACGCGUGGCAGCGCGUGCCUGCAGUUCUGCAAGCGAGCGCCAACUCGCAGACCAAGUACAUUGCGCUGCAGAUCCUCGAUCGGCUGAUAACCACUCGGUGGAAGGUGCUUCCUGUUGAUCAGCAGCAGGGGAUCCGUAACUUUGUUGUGGAGAUGAUCAUUCAGUUCUCUUCCGACGAAGAGACGCUGCGGCGCGAGCGGAUUUUGUUGGGCAAGCUGAACACAACCUUGGUUCAGAUACUGAAACAGGAAUGGCCGCAAAACUGGCCAAACUUUAUCCCCGAGAUUGUGUCUGCCUCGCGCGGCUCCCUUUUUAUUUGCGAGAACAACAUGGCCAUCCUCCGCCUCUUGUCCGAAGAGAUUUUCGACUUUUCUGCCGAGCAAAUGACGCAGGCCAAGGCGCGGAACCUCAAGAAUCAGUUCUGCGGCGAAUUCGGCGACGUGUUUCAGCUGUGUACCGAGGUGCUGGAGAAGGCCUCGAAGCCCUCGCUAAUCAAGGCCACGCUUGAGACCAUGCUCCGCUUCCUCAACUGGAUCCCGCUAGGGUUCAUCUUUGAGACCAACGUGAUCGACAACUUGGUCAACCGCUUCUUGGAAGUGCCCGAGUUUCGCAACGUCACACUCAAGUGUCUCUCGGAGAUUGUGAAUUUGAACGUGGGCAGCGAAUACGACCCCAAAUUUGUGGUGCUCUUCAACAUGGUCAUGACUUCGGUGAACCGCAUGAUUCCCCCGUCGACGGACAUUGCGGGUGUGUACGAGACGAGUACAGAUGCCGACCAGGAGCUUGUUCUGAACCUUGCGCUCUUCCUGAGCAACUUUUUGAUCUCGCACGUGCGUUUGCUGGAGAAUGCAGAGAACCAAGAAGUGCUGCUCAAUGCACACUUGUACCUCAUCAAAGUCUCCCAGGUGCCCGAGCGCGAAAUUUUCAAGAUCUGCCUUGAGUACUGGGCCAAGCUGGUGAGCGAGCUGUACGAAGAGUUCCAGCAGUUCCCCAUGAACGACGUCAACGCCGUAUGGGGCCUCAAUCUCGGUGCGCAACCGCAGCGCACAGCCACAGGGCGCAAGUCGUUUUACAUGAACAUCCUUUCGAAUUUGCGCCUGGUUAUGAUUGAACGCAUGGUCAAGCCAGAAGAGGUGCUCAUUGUCGAGAACGACGAGGGCGAAAUUGUGCGCGAAUUUCUUAAAGAGUCGGACACGAUUGUGCUCUACAAGGCGAUGCGCGAAGUGCUCGUCUAUCUUACCCACUUGGAUGUGCUCGACACGGAGAACAUUAUGACGGAGAAGCUCGCCAAGCAGGUGGACGGCUCCGAGUGGUCCUGGGCGAACCUCAACACACUCUGCUGGGCGAUUGGCUCCAUCAGUGGUGCGAUGAACGAGGAAACGGAGAAGCGGUUCCUGGUGACGGUCAUCAAAGAUCUGCUCGGUUUGUGCGAGAUGAAGCGCGGCAAAGACAACAAGGCCGUGGUUGCGUCCAAUAUCAUGUACAUCGUCGGUCAAUACCCGCGGUUUCUCAAGGCGCACUGGAAGUUCCUCAAAACGGUGGUGAACAAAAAUUUUGAGUUUAUGCACGAGACCCACGAAGGUGUGCAGGAUAUGGCGUGCGAUACCUUUUCCAAGAUCGCGCAAAAGUGCCGCCGCCACUUUGUCAUGCAGCAAGCCGGUGAGCAGGAACCGUUUGUCGACGAGAUUUUGCGCAACUUGCUGCAGAUCACCGUCGACUUGUCUCCGCAGCAAGUGCACACUUUCUACGAGGCUGUCGGCUACAUGAUUGCCGCCCAGCCAAACCGCGCGACGCAGGAGCGUCUCGUGGAAAAGCUCAUGGAGCUGCCAAACAAUGCCUGGGAUAACCUCAUGAAGCAGGCGCACAGCAAUGUUGACGUGCUGGGCAGCCCCGAAAACACCAAGGUGCUCUCCAACGUGCUUAAGACCAACGUGUCUGCGUGCAUCUCGAUUGGGCCGUACUUUUUGCCGCAGAUCGGCCGCAUAUACCUGGAUAUGCUUGCAUUGUACCGCAGUGUGAGUGGUAUCAUCAGUGCCAAGGUCGAGAGCGACGGUCUGAUCGCGACCAAGACGCCCAUGGUCCGUGGCCUGCGCGCGAUCAAGAAGGAUAUUUUGCGUCUUGUCGACACAUACAUCCGCCGCGCAGACGAUCUCGAGGCGGUGAAUGUCAACUUGAUUCCCUCGCUCCUCGAUGCCAUCCUCGGGGACUAUCAGGGCAACAUUCCCGCCGCACGCGACGCCGAAGUACUGAAUGUAAUGGCAACGAUCACCACACGCCUUGGUGCACUGCUCACGGACAAGAUUGCGCCUGUCCUGGACGCGGUGUUUGAGCCGACGCUCAACAUGAUCAACCAAGACUUUUCCGAGUUUCCCGAGCAUCGUGUGGGCUUCUUUAAACUUUUGCGCGCCAUCAACCUGCACUGUUUCGCCGCGCUGCUCGAGCUUCCGCCGGCCAAGUUUAAACUUACCAUGGACUCGAUCAUCUGGGCAAUCAAGCACACGAUGCGUGACAUUGCCGACACGGGCCUCAACAUUUGCUUGGAGCUGAUUAAUAACUUUGCCAAUACAGACCCGUCCAUUUCGGGCGCGUUUUUCCAGCAGUACUUGCUUACGAUGCUGCAAGACAUCUUUUUUGUACUCACCGACUCGGACCACAAGAGCGGGUUCAAGACGCAGUGCUUGCUGCUCGCGCGCAUCUUUGAAUUGGUCGAGACGGAGCGCAUCAUUGCGCCGCUCUAUGACGCGGUGCAAAUAGAAGAUCCGAACAUGAACAACCGCGUCUUUAUCCGCCAGUACACCACAAACCUCUUGCGGACCGCUUUCCCGCAUGUGCAGCCGCAAUACAUCGAGCAGUUUGUCAGUGGCCUCUGCACCCAGUCGUCCGAUUUGAUGCAGUACAAGGUGCACUUGCGCGACUUUUUGAUCACCUCGCGCGAAGUUGCGGGCGGCGCCGACAAUGCCGAUCUUUUCCUCGAAGACAAGGAAGCCGAGCAGCAGCGCAAGGCAGCUGAGGAGCGCGAAAUGGCGGCCAAGGUGCCGGGCAUGCUCAAGCCUUCGCAGAUCACCGAGGAGGACGAGGAGUUGUGA